AUGUUGUUUGUCUAUAAAGGUGAUGGAGGCAGCCAAGGUCCUGCUGAUGCAGGAGAGGAGCUGCCUGUGACCUGCUGGGUAAACUGCUCAAGUUCCAGCUCUGGAGUCAAGGCCAACGACCAGCAGAGGAGAGCCACAGAGAUGAGGGCUGCRGAGGAGAAGCGUAAGGGCAAGGCUGGCAAUGCCUCCCCAACCAAAGACAAAGGUGGUGCCAAGCCUGCCGCCAAAGGUGACAAGGGGAAGAAAGGGGCAGAGCUCAGUGCCCCAACCAAGGACACCAAGCUGAAAAAGAGGGGCGAGGAGGAUGAGACCAACAAGUAUAUAGACGAUGAGCCAGACGAUGGUCCUCAGCACUACGUUCUGGUGGUGGGCUUCCAGCAGGCUCAGCUGGUCUCUGUGCUGGACUCCCUGGGGGUCCAUGUGUCCAACGUUAUCAAGCUGACCUCACAGAGACCAGACCGGCCAGAGGGAUCACUGGAAGGGKGUGAUGCCAAACCCCUGGAUGGGGGUAAGACUCAGAUUGGCAUCAAUGUGAGGUUUGGAUUGAUUUAG